AUGUCUUCCCCAAAAUCCCGUGCUCAGUCUUCCUCUGUUUUAGUUCCUCCCGACUACAAUACUGGGACUGGGACUGGGACUGGGACUAUGAAGGGCUCAGAUUUUUGGGAGGAAGAACCAGCAGAAACUAGCCAAGCCAUUCAUCAACCAGAACUGCUCCUUCUCCAAUUACCUAAGGAAAUUCAGUGCUGA